AUGCAAGCCGCAUAUGGCAAGCAAGAUAAAGACGACAAGACGGUUGCAACAGAGGUCGGGUACCGAGAAUCGCUGUCGAUGUCAAAUGCGUCAUCUACUGACUCGCUAGAUUUGUUGCUGGAGAGGCAACGACAGCGACAGUUGAACCAUCCGUUGCAUCAGAGACACAUUGGCCCAGUUUUAAGUGCUGAAAAAGGCAGUGGGAGUAAUAGUAGCGCCGGAGGUAAGGCUGGUAGUGGAUCCAGAAGCACGUUUGACCCGGUGAAGGAGACAAACACGGUGUCUUUGGAGUACGAUCCUAUCUCAAAACGUAAAGUGUUGAACACGUAUGAAAUUAUCGAAGAGUUGGGCCAUGGACAACACGGAAAGGUUAAACUAGCUCGGGAUUUGGUGACUAAACAGUUGGUUGCAAUUAAGAUCGUCGAUAGACACAAGAAGCGUAGCUUCAGUGAUAGAUGGGCCAGCAGGCUAAAGAAUCCACAAUCUGGGAUUGAGGACGAAAAAAUCAAGAGGGAAAUUGCGAUAAUGAAAAAGUGUCACCAUGAACAUGUAGUGAAGUUGAUCGAAGUUUUGGACGACGUGAAGUCCAGGAAAAUUUAUUUGGUACUCGAAUAUUGCUCCAGGGGAGAAAUAAAAUGGUGUCCUGGUGAUAUCAUCGAAACAAAAGCAAGAGGACCCCCACUUUUGAGCUUUCAGAGAACUCGAGAAAUAUUUAGAGGUGUUCUUUCAGGCUUAGAAUACUUGCAUUUUCAAGGUAUCAUCCACAGAGAUAUCAAACCAGCCAAUCUAUUAUUAUCGGAGGAUGGAACUGUUAAAAUAUCAGAUUUUGGUGUCUCAAUUGCCUUUUCGUCGGAUAAUAGCAGCGAUUCUUUAAACGAAUUGGAACUCGCAAAAACAGCUGGUACUCCAGCUUUCUUUGCUCCUGAAAUAUGUCUUGUUGGAGACUCUAUUGAAAAACUGGAUAUAGACCCUAAUAACAAGGAACCUUUAAUUUCAUUCCCUAUCGAUAUUUGGGCAAUGGGUGUCACUUUGCAUUGUUUACUCUUUGGAAAACUCCCGUUUAUUUCAGAGUUUGAGUUGGAGCUCUUUGAGAAAAUAGUAAACGAACGCUUGUCCUUCGCUGCUUUCAAAGAUGCUGCCAAAUUGUCUGUCUCCCAAAUUCAAUCUGAAGAAGAGUAUGAGGCAGCAAAGGAUUUACUAGAGAAACUUUUGGAAAAAAACCCAAGGAAAAGGAUAUCGAUACUGGAAUCGAAAAUGCACCCAUGGGUUUGUUGGGAUUUCAAUAAUUUAACAUCCUUAAAUGAUGAAGAAAAAGCGUUAAAACUCAAAGAAAAAUCAAGAUUCCAACGAAGUCCAAUUGAUGAGGUAGAACAAAUAUCUAUUUCUGAACAUGAGCUUGAUACUGCUGUUGGUGGUAUAGGUCAUAAACUAAAGCACAAAAUGCAAAAAGUUUUACCUUCUUUGAAGAGAAAUCAGCAUCCAAAACUGAGCGCCGAAGGUUCAGAAUUCAACGGAAUACAUUCAGAUCCUCUCUUUGGAGAGAAUUUAAAAACUUAUGCAUCAUGUACUGAUAAUGGAAACUUAAUAUUGAGUGAAGAAGCUGAAAAUUUAAGAAAUAACGUGAAUACAAGCACAAACAAUAAUAAUUCGAAUAUAAGUCCUUUUAGUCAACCUAAAAAGGAUAUAUCUGCAAGAGAAAUAUUCCAGCAAGAAUUGCAAAGAUUCGAUGACAAGAGAAACCCUGAUUCGAUCGUUUCUCUCCCAGUAAACUCUUCGUUUGCUUCAUUGGACAGCUUUUAUAUAGAUAAUUUUGCUACUCGAAGAGUUAAUGACAAUCCAUUUUCUGGCACUCACAACCAGUCAUAUAUGGUCGACAAUUUUGAAAGACCCAUUCCAAACUAUCUGCCAAAGAAUAAUUCUAACGGUAGAGUACCAACUCAAAACUCUUUUCGAAUCCCUUCACCAAGCGCGCUGCAAAUUGAUAGCUUAACAAUGUCAUCAGGAAUAUCAGGGAGAAACAUGCGAAAUAGUUUACAUUCACCUGUACUAUCACCAACAGGAGCCUUUAACAGAAGAUCCAGUAACGAUUUUCCCAAUGCAGCAAUAAGUAAUAGGCUAAGAAAACCAGUCGUUCUGCCUCCGCAAGAUAAAAUUCAAAAUAACACGCCAACUGACCAAAGAUCCUUUCAAGAUAAUAUAAAAAAGAGUCCUGUAAUUUCCCAAUUUGAGAAACGCACCAGAAAAUCAAACAUUGUUUUCGAAGGCCUUCAGGAGAGUGAUGGCGAAAGCCAAUCUACCACUUCUCAAAUUGACCACGGAAAUGUAUUCCAUGUUGGAGGUGAAUCUGACCAAGAAAGUCGCAUGGAUGACGGGUUCUACCUAAGUGAUUCUCAUUCAGAUGCGGAAUCUCUACCUUUCCAAUUCGGUAUCGAUUCAGAACACGGUAGCGUCUUAUCUUUGAGAGAUUUGAGUGGAAGCCGUCGAAAUUCAAUACCGUCAUAUAAUGAUGCUACAGACCGUCACUUUCCUCAUGCAUCUGGAAAAGAAUCUAAAUCACACUCCGAAAUUUCUGAAGACGAUUUCGGCGGGACAUUAGGUUCCGAUCAAACGCUAUCACGAGAACGUGGAGACUCAACAGAUAAAAACUUUGCUAUUCCUUCGUCUGCGUUUGUUGAUUCAUACACGGAAAUGGAAGAAGUACCACCGGAAAUGCUUUGCUUGAUACCGGAAACUCAAAGUCAGAUGGAAUCUAGUUCAACACACACCAGGAGUAGUUCUAGAGGAUAUUGUCAAAAUGUAACCAUUCCUGUUUUGCCCACAACACAAGAAUCCAGUUUUGAUCAUAUUGUAACUAUGAAUAAUUCCAAUAAAGCGAAAACGCUGCUUCAGAAUGUUCUUUCAUCUAGUAACACUACCAGGACAAAGUCAUUCAGUAAUUUAUUCCAGCACAGAACACCAUACAAUGAAUCUGAUCAAAUUCCUGCUUCUUCAUUUAUAAACCCUCAUUUAAGUCAAAAUAACGCUGGUUCACAUGAUACCAAACAUAAUUCUCGACUAAAUGAUCAUGAAGUUCAAGGUAGGUUCAGGUCUAAAUCGGUCAGUGUAGGACUACUCGCCGAAAAUCAAGAAAAAAAUCGGAAGUAG